AUGCAAAGGUGAACAGACCGAACCGCUUUAAUUUAAUUCCAUGUUUACAUGACACAGAUAAUGGAUCUAUUUUUGGAAACUUCUGAUACAAUUUAGAUAAAGCGAAUAUUUGAGUCACCAAAUGCAUUUUAACAUAGAAUCUAUCGGUCUUAUAUAGCGGACAGACAUAUUCAUGUGAAGAAAAGAAAAAGAAGAAAUUGUACAAUAUUUUAUUUUUGUGAAAAAAAUGAAGCGAUUUCAAACUACAAUAUUGUUGUUGUUGUUUACGGUUUAUAUAAAUACGGCAGCAACGAUUCCUACUGGAAAAAUUAAUGUACAUGUACAAAACGUCGCCGCUGAAAAUGAUGAAUCAGAAGGACAAGGUAUUCCAAAAAACUCCAAAGAAACAGAAGAAAUUCACACCGGAGAGAACGCUGAACGUGAAAAUGGUGAAAUUACUCCGCUGUUGACAGACGACUUUGCCGCUCGUUCAAGCAGUUCUGGGAUCUUUCAAAAUAUUAUGAAUAACAUUAGAAGAGGUCAGGUGACACAAGAAUCGCUUAAUAAAUGGUUAAAUCAAUUACAAACUGCAAUGUCUAGGGGGACUAUUUCCUCCGAGUCUGUGAACCGGUUCCUUUCGAUGCUAAAAGAAAAAUUCGCGGGGACUACUUUCGGUGAUACCUGCUGUAUAGUAGGGUGACGAGUGAAAAAAAAUUGUUGUCUAACUCUGAAAAAAUGUUGUAACAUUUUACGGACAGUAUUAAAACAUGACAGUAAAGUCUGAAUAAAAAUCAUAUUGAAAUCAUGUUCAAUUAAAGGACUUGACAGGUUUUUGUCUUCUUUUUGAACUUUGAAAUUGCAUGCAUGCCAAGUAUGAAUGAAUUACAAAUUGAUGUCACUGA